AUGACAGACCAGGCUACCCGUGUCAUCCGAGUCAUUGUCGCCUCACGCAACAAUGUCAAGAUCUCAGCCGCAAAAGAGGCCUUUGGUGGCAUGUUUCCGUCUGCGACAUUCUCCUUCACCGGCCUCAACGUGCCAUCCGGCGUCGCUGACCAGCCCAUGACGGAUGCAGAAACCCUGCAGGGCGCACGAAACCGAGCUCGCAACGCCCGCGACGCAGAGCCCCAGGCGGAUUACUGGGUUGGCAUUGAAGGCGGCGUCGACGACAGCGGGGAUGCCAUGGAGACUUUUGCCUGGGUCGUUGUGCUGGGCAGGGCAGACACGCCAGGAUCAGACUCAUCAGCGUCACAUGAUGAGUCGACCAGCACUUCAACAAGUGCUACCAAGGCCGAACGCAUGGGGAGAGCGCGAACAGCCGCAUUCUUCCAGCCCGAGGAGGUAGCAAGACUGGUCCGCGGAGGUAUGGAAUUGGGACCGGCGGACGACCAGGUGUUUGGAAGCGAGAACUCGAGGCAGCAUUCCGGAUCAAUCGGACUGUUGACGGGGGACUUGAUCAAUCGGUCUGCAUAUUACGUACCGGCGGUGAUUGGGGCGCUGAUACCAUUCAGGAACUCGACACUGACGUUUGUCGAUUUUUGA